GUGCGCUUCAUCGCCAUUUUGUAUGGCCGCCGGGCGGGCAUACGUCUGUUUCCGGAUUGAAGGCUCCGGACCUGAGAAGUGGGGAAUUCGCAUCGUGGGAAACUGGGCAGAAGGAGUAGAGGCGUGGCUGCAACAAUUUCCUCUCAGUCUAUGGACCAAUCAGGAUUGAUGAUAGCACCUCCCUCUCUCAUCAUUAGAAUCAAUGUUCAGGUUUAUGAGUGAUCAAACAUUCUUUUUACACUAAGCCAGGAGGGAGUGUAGCAAAGAUGCCAAUACCACCACCUCCGCCACCUGGGCCUCCUCCUCCUCCAACUUUCAGUCAGGCAAACACAGAAGCACCAAAAUUGUGCAGAGAUGAGCAGCGAGGGAGAAAUGCUCUGCUACAAGACAUUUGUAAAGGGGCCAAAUUGAAAAAAGUGGCUCAAGUUAAUGAUCGCAGUGCGCCUAUCCUUGAAAAAUCCAAGAGUGGCAGCAGCUAUACUUCUUCUACAUCUCCCCUUCCAACAAAGGUGGGCCUUUUCCAAGGUGGUAUCCCCAAACUACGGCCCAUGGGCGUAAAAGAGAGUUCAGACAACUCCUCUGGGAAGGUACUACAUCAGGGUCCUGGGGGUAGAUCAGCUGCACCCCGUCCUCCUGUAUGUGCUACCAGCACCCGACCCCAAGAUGACACUGAAAAUAGCCGAGCUUCUCCUCCAGAGCUUCCACGCAUGCAGAGACCUUCAUUGCCAGAUCUUUCACGGCCAAACAGUGCUAGUGGUACUGGUAUGAAGCAUAGCUCUUCAGCCCCACCACCACCACCUCCUGGACGGCGAGCCAAUGCUCCUCUUGCUCCACAUUCUAUGCAUAAUAGCAAAGCACCUUCCUACAACCGUGAGAAGCCAUUGCCACCAACUCCAGGUCAAAGGCUUCCAGGAAAUCGUGAUGGCCCACCAGCUCCUCCUCCCAUUAAGCCACCCCCAUCCCCAGUAAAUAUCCGGUCAGGACCAAGCAGUCAGAACCAAUCCUUGGUACCUCCUCCCCCACCCUACCGACAGCCUCCUGGUGUCCCUAAUGGCCCUGCCAGCCCUAUUAAUGAAUCUGCUCCUGAGCUUCCCCAGAGACACAAUUCCUUACAUAGAAAGGCACCUGCUCCAGGGAGGGGCAUGGCACCUCCCCCUCCUCCUUCAGCCUCUCCUUCCUUACAAAACAACCGCCCCCCACCUCCUGCCCGUGAUCCACCAAGCCGAGGUGCAGCUCCACCACCACCACCACCCAUGAUACGAAAUGGUGGAAGGGAUGCACCUCCACCACCUCCACCCUACAGAAUACAUGGGUCUUCAGAUCCCAUGAAUCGUGGAAAACCACCCCCGCCACCUACCAGAACACCAGUUGGACCACCCCCUCCUCCCCCACCAAUGAGAAAUGGACAUCGGGACUCGAUCUCUACAGUUAGGUCUUAUUUGGAUGACUUUGAAUCCAAAUACUCUUUUCAUCCAGUUGAAGAUUUCCCAGCUCCAGAAGAAUUCAAAUAUUUCCAGAGAAUUUAUCCCAGCAAAACUAACAGAGCUACUCGUGGGGCCCCUCCUCUGCCUCCUGUCCCUAGGUGAAAAACAACAAAUGAGCAUUUUUGCUUAGCACCAAAACAAUUAAGACUUUGUUCUUAAAUUCUCUCCCCGCCUCCAAAAAAUCAUUCCUCAGAAAUCUGCAUGAAAAUACAUUCCUGCUUUUUUUAAUUGCAAGAACCUGGAUGGACUUAUUAUUACUCAACUUUGUCUAUGCAUUUCAUUCCCUGAUAUAAAAAGGCAUCUGUGGGCAUAGCCAGGUGAGAAUAUUCCUGCAGAUCAAUACUAAUUUCCUAUCUUUCCUGCUAUCUUUGUCACGAAGGGAGGAAACCCACAAUUCAUAAACACUACAGUUCAAGAACAAGGGAAGAGUGAAUGUUUCCCAGGAAAGGAAACCAAAAAGAACAACAAAACUGUGGGCCAAGUUGAAGCAGUUAUUUAUAGAUGCUUGAUUAUCAUAAGGAAGGAAAUGGCCACAAAUUGUAUGCAUUAGGGAACAUUUAUUUUUUAAAGGGUUGUGCUAUGAAAAGAAUUGAAAUGGCUGCUUCAUUUUUCAUUACAGGCACUACAUUCUCAAUUAUUAAACUUGGUAACUUAAAGCAGGAAGAGAAAGAUGAACUAAAUAGCAUGUCUUAAAGGCAACUUUAAAAAAUUGAUAAUGCUGCAUAAGAAUAGCAGUAUCUGUAGAAGUGCACCAACAAAAGAGGCGAGUAUAGCAGUUACCAUGCUAUGUUUUGGCAGAGUUCUUGUCCUGCAGAUCUGGACCCAUAAUCCUUGAAUGUCAGUUUCUAUAAAACAUAGCUGGCAUCUUAAAUGAAGCUUCUCAAAAUGGGAUUGUGCUUCUACAGAAUAAAAGAUACCAUGUAGAGAUGAACAGAUUGUAAAGUCUAAUAGCCAUCAUUGAUACCUGUGUUGUAUUAAAAAAAAAAGGCAUGACUGAUAUUGAGGCAGUAGUACCCCUUAAAGUUAAAAGAACAAUGUCCUGACAAGCACUGGGAUGAAGAACUAGUUUAUAGGAAACUAGUGGAUUAAUGUUGCAAUACAAUGCUGGCCAUAGAUAAUACACUGAAGAUGCAACACCGGUAUAGAACAAUAUAUAUAUUGUUCCAAUAUAUAUUAUGUUCCAACUUAUUAGAAGAAUUCCUAAUGCUUGAAUGUCCUGUGUCUUCAGAAGAUCCAUCUUGCUCUCAUUAACAGAAAUGCCCAGCUUCAUUGUCUUAUCCUAUGAAUAUCUUUCAGACAUAAUCAGUCUUGAAAAUGUAACCAUCUAUUGCUGAGGGAUGGCAAAAGAAUGAGAAGUAUUCUAUUUUUUUGCUGAGAAGUGGAUGGGCCCUGGCUACUACCUAUCCUAAGAAGAGCGUCACUGACUGACUGAAGGUCCCAUUGGCAUACAUUCCGGUCUAGUAAUGGGGAACAUACCUUCGAUGGCAGACUUCCAGUUACAGUUUUUAAAUGACACACCAUUUUGUUCUAGCUCAAAGCUGAUCUUUAGUGGUUAGUACCUACUUCAAUGAAAUAACUUUAAGAGUGAUAGAAACUGGUGAAAUCCCUUCAUAUUUUAUUUUUGCUGGUUGUAUACAAUUGACAAAAUUUUCUGUGGUUCUUGCACAGACAUUUUAAUGAGGUGGAGGGUUGUCAGUUAUGUUUGUGACUUUUAGGAUGUUUGUUAAGUCCUUUGCAAGAGUGCCACUAAUUCCAGCUAGGUCUCUUAGUGGUGUUAUAAGAGAUUUGAUAGUGCUGACCUUGUCCCUGAGAUCAAAGGAGGUAUUUACAUUUGGGGUUUUC